GCUGGGCCUAAUGUUCCUAAAAGAUGCAUGAAAAAAAUGACCAAGAGGAGGCGUAAAUUGAACCUGUUCAGCUCUUUAUGGUCGUCUCACUUUAGUUGCCAUGAAAGAAAGAAGAGAUCUAAGGUGUUUACUCCAAUAGUCGAUCCCACUUCUCUCAAUGCAAGAUUCGCAGAGAAAGGGAAGGAUUUAGUGACAGCUCCCACAGAUCAUAUACCCAUUCCUGGAGAACUAGAGUUUCAAAUAACCGACAAAUUAAAGGGAGAAAACCGCGAAACUCUAGCAGAGGGAUGCAUUGAGGAAGGGCUUUCUCUUAAACAAGCUCUAACCAAUGAAGUUAAUGGAGUUCAAAUAGUCUGUGAGGCUAAAGCACCAAGCUGCUCUGAGAUGAGACCCUGUGCUGCAAAAUCAAAGUUUGAAGAUGGCAAAAGCAAACAACAGUCGCGGAAAACGAAGAUCCGAAUCACCGACAAAUCAAUAAAACCUGGACCGAAACUUUUCAAUGACGAAAGUGGGAUUCUUCUUAAGACAGUUAAGCAUGCUGUAAUGGAUAAACUUGGUGAUCUACUACGGAAUGCAAGCAUCAAUGACAAUAAGAGUGAAAAAAGAGGUCCUGGCAGACCAAAAAGUAAACCGGAACAUGUAGUUGACGGACAGAAUGCUUUAAUUCCCUAUUGGGGUCGUGGAAGAGCAAGACAUGAAGUUGAUCUAGAUCCAGAGUCAUUGAGAAGGUGGAACCAAUUAAUGAAAAUAGAUAGUGGAGAAGGUGAAGAAGAAGAUAGAAAAAGGAAAGAAUGGUGGCAAAGAGAAAAAAUAACUUUCAAUGGACGAAUAGAUGCGUUUACUUCUCGGUCGCAUCAGUUUCUAGGUGAUAGGAGAUUCAGACAGUGGAAAGGUUCUGUUGUGGACUCAGUGGUAGGAGUUUUCCUAACCCAAAAUGUGUCAGACCACCUAUCAAGUGCUGCAUACAUGUCACUUGUUGAAAAAUUUCUAGUUCAGUCAACGAGUAAUCAACAAGCGUCAAUGACCAUAGAUGGCCAAAAAACAAUUGAGAGCAGCAUGACAUCCAUUGGAGCAACUUAUGAUGCAGAUGGUAACCGAUACUUUGUCACAGAAGUACCUGAACCAGAUACGAAUCAUGGGUCCAAAAAUUUACCAGCUGAAAAGGCUACAGCAACUUAUGAUGCAGAUGGUAACCGAUAUUUUGUAACAGAAGUACCUGAACCAGAUAUGAAUCAUGGGUCCAAAAAUUUACCAGCCGAAAAGGCUACAUGCCUGCUUCAAGAAGAGGUGCAAAGACAGAAUGGUAUUGUGAGAUCAGAACCUCAACCGGAUAUGAAUCAAGGACACAAAGAUUUGCCGGCUGAAAAGGAUACGUGCUUGCUUCAAGAAGACGAGCAAGGACAGAAUGGUGUUGUGAGAUCAGAAUCUGAACCAGAUAUGAAUCAUGGACCCAAAGAUUUACCCGCUGAAAGGGCUAUAUGCUUGCUCCAGGAAGAGGUGCAUAGACAGAAUGGUAUUGUGAGAUCAGAACCUGAACCAGAUAUGAAUCUUGUGUCUCAAUAUUUACUAGUUGAAAAUCCUAUGUGCUUGCCUCGUGAAGUGGUGCGAAGACAGCCUCAAAAUUUACCAACCGCACUGCCUAUAUGUUUGCCUCGUGAAGUGGUGAAAAGACAGAGCGGGAAUGAAACUGAAAAGAAAAACAGAAGCCCGAAUAGGAAAACAGCUUCUAAGGAGACUAAAAAGACAAUUCCGAGAGGGAAGAAUAAAAUUGUUAAGGAUGUGGUAAUUAGAAGGAGGAACUGGGAGAGUUUAGGAAAGAUCUAUUCUAGACCAAGAAGCAAGGAUCAGAAGGAUUCGGUGGAUUGGGAGGCAGUAAGACAAGCAGAAACCAGCAAAGUUGCCAGCAUCAUCGAAGGACGUGGUCAGCAAACUAUUAUUGCGGGAAGAAUCAAGCAAUUUCUGGAUCGAGUUGUUGAUAUGCAUAAAAGCAUAGAUCUCGAAUGGUUACGAUAUGCUCCACCUGAUGAUGUGAAGGAUUACCUGUUGGAGUUCAUGGGAUUGGGCUUGAAAAGCGUGGAAUGUGUACGACUUUUGUCUCUUCAACAGGUUGCCUUUACGGUUGAUGUAAAUGUUGCUCGGAUAGCGGUUCGUUUAGGAUGGGUUCCCCUGAAAGCACUCCCUGGAAGCCUUCAGUUCCACCUUAUAGAAGAGUUUCCGAUAUUGGACACCAUUCAGAAAUACCUCUGGCCCCGACUAUGCGAGCUUGACCAUAGAACACUCUAUGAACUGCACUAUCACAUGAUAACCUUUGGAAAGGUAUUCUGCACAAAGGAAAACCCAAGGUGCCAUGCUUGUCCAAUGAAAGCAGAAUGCAAACAUUAUGCAAGUGCACAAGCAAGUGCUGCCAAUCUUUCCCUACCAGGACCGUCAAAGAAAAGUGUGGACCAAUCAAUUGUUUCCAGCAAGCCUAGUAGAAAUUCUAGUUCGCUUGGAAACAAUUGUGAUGUCAAAAAUCCAAUGUCAGUUACCCUUUUAGAUGCCAACAGAACUACAGAAUCUGGUCGAGAUGUUCACACUUGCAAACCCAUAGUUGAAGAGCCAAAAUCACCACAACAAGAAGAGGACAUUGAAGAUUUUUCAUGGGAUGGAUGUAUUGAAGAUGAAGAGAUCCCGACUAUCAAACUCAAUCGUGAAGAGUUCAACCCAGAUGGGAAAAAGUCUCCAUACAGCAAUUCUAUGUCGCAAGCUUUAGUUUCCGUGGGGACUACUCCAUUGUCAGCACCUAAAAUGAAGCGUGUGACCUCUUUGCGGACUGAACAUCAAGUGUAUGAACUUCCAGAUAAUCAUGAGAUUUUGGUUGGGCUAGACAAACGAGAAAGGGAUGAUUCACUACCUUACCUUCUCGCUAUAUGGCAACCAGGUGAAACUCCGAAUUCAAGCCAGCAACCUGAGAAAUUAUGCAGCUCGCAAGGAUCACAACUCUGUGGUCAGAAAACAUGUUUUGCUUGUGAAGGU